AUGGCUACUAACGACACUAUCGACCUCUGGGAUGAACCCGAAACCAUUGACAUAGGGAAGGGGCUGACUAUGACGUUCCUUCGCAAUUCAGACUAUCUCACAAGGGUAGUGAUGACGGCAGAACACGACGACUUUCAAGUUCCCUUGCAUUACCACGAGACUCACGAUGAGAUUUUUCGUGUUGUGAAAGGGCGUGUGCGAUAUACAUUAGGCGAGCCAGGAGCCAAGUUCAAGGCUUGGUCGCGGCUGCGUGCUACGACACGCUUUUACACUCCAGAAGACGGAGAGAUAGUCAUUCCAAGAGGCACCGCACACGCCGUCUUCGUGGAGGCUGGAGAGGAAGUCAUUGUGGAAGAGAAGACAACACCAAUGGAUGAAGGCAAGGAAGUAUUCUUCAGGAACUUCUUCGCCGCUGGUGGAGCCACAGCCAAUCCGUUUGCUAUCAUGCAAAUAUUCUACCACGGUGAUGGUUAUCCUGUUCUCCCCGCUGGCCUUCGUUUCCUUGAGAAGGGGCUCGUGACCAUUUUGGGAAACUACUUAGCCCCGUUGUUUGGUUACAAGCUGAAGUACGAUGCAAAGAAGCUGAAGAAGCAUUGA